UAAAAAGUGUGCUCACGUGUGUAGCUUAGCUGCAGCAGUCAUUGCUUAUUGAGUUUGGCGAGUGGGAGAACCCGUUAGCCUUGCUCUCAUGAGGGAGGGAUACAUUGAGCUGAAGAUAGGAGCAAAUAGAGCUAACCUAGCUAAGUUAGUAUGCCCUCUGAUUUUAUAUCUCUUCUCAGCACGGAUACCGACCCUAAUUCACCCAAAUCUCUCUACUCCAAAGAGUCAGUGUAUGACCUCCUCCCCAAAGAGCUUCAGCUUCCCCCCACCACACAGGACAAACACACCAUGAGCCAGAAGAGUGGUGGAGAGGCAGGUCCUCUUCCCUCUGCUGCCCUGGCCUCAGAUGCAGCCACCACCUGCGUUGCUUCAUCCUCCACUGGCGCGCACAGCAGUGCCUCUUCCUGUCCCAGCAUGCACUGUGCUACCUCAGCUCCAGAGCAGUCUUCCAGGCUCCACAACUGUCUCCCUGCCGAGGUGCUGGGAGCAGAGCCUGGUUCACCCUCGGUCAUCGGCGGGGCUGCAGCCGGUGAUGGCAUCGGUGCGGCAGCCCAUCAGAGCCAGAUGACGCCAUCAAAACGCCGCACUGUCCUUAACAUCUCUCCACCUCCAGAAGACCUGCUUGAUGACAGCCGCAUGUCCAGCCAGGACGAGUUAGCGCUUAACCCAGACUCAGAGCAGAGCAGUACCAUAUGGAUGGACGAUUCGGUUUCCAACUUCAGCAUGCUGAGCAAUCAUUCUUACAAUGACAACACAGAGGUUCCUCGAAAGUCCCGUAAGCGAACGCCUCGUCAGCGGCCUGGUUCAAAGCCUGUGGCAAGUGAUGAAGCAACCAUGGAUGUGUUUGAUGCAGACAGUGCAAAAGCACCACACUUUGUUCUUUCACAGCUAGGCUCUGAAACAAAAGGCAGUCUCAAAGGAAGCACUUUGGAGGUGACUGGCAGUCUGAAAGGCGGGAUUCUUUCAGCGCAGUAUCCACAAAAGAGUGAGGGGAAAGAACUUAAGAUUCUUGUACAGCCAGAGACGCAGCACAGAGCACGUUACCUUACAGAGGGAAGCAGGGGAUCUGUUAAAGACCGCACUCAGCAAGGCUUCCCAACUGUCAAAUUGGAGGGUGUUAACGAACCAGUUGUUCUCCAAGUGUUUGUGGCUAAUGACGCUGGACGUGUAAAGCCUCAUGGCUUUUAUCAAGCCUGUAGAGUUACUGGACGCAACACGACGGCCUGUAAGGAAGUGGAUAUUGAAGGGACCACGGUUAUUGAAGUGAACCUUGAGCCUAGCAACUCCAUGACCUUAGCAGUGGACUGUGUUGGAAUAUUAAAGCUGAGGAAUGCAGAUGUUGAAGCUCGCAUUGGAGUAGCUGGCUCUAAAAAGAAGAGCACCCGGGCUCGUUUGGCGUUUCGAGUCAACAUCCCCAAACCAGACGGCACUUUUCUCACUCUACAGACCCUUUCCUCAGCUAUUCUCUGCACUCAGCCUGCUGGAGUGCCUGAAAUCCUUAAGAAGAGUCUUCAUACCUGCCCAGUGACUGGAGGAGAGGAGGUCUUUAUUAUUGGCAAGAACUUCCUUAAGGGCACAAAAGUUGUUUUUCAGGACCCGUCUACAGAUGAUAACCCCUUAUGGCAGGCUGAAGCAGAGAUUGACAUGGAGCUUUUCCAUCAAAAUCACCUAGUAGUAAAGGUGCCUCCUUAUCAUGAUUUGACGGUGACCUCUUCUGUGUCAGUUGGAAUCUCUGUGUUAACAAAUGCAGGACGAACACAUGACGUACAGCCUUUCACCUAUACUCCUCAACCAGAAAAAGUUAAUAUUUCUGUAAAGUCAGAAAUAUCAACCCAACCUUGCACUUUUGAAGACCAGAUAAAAGCAGCAUUGCAAACUGGGACCAGUAGCCUAAACAAUACUGUGAUAGCCCCGAUAAUAUCUAUUGUCAAACGAGAAGAAGUUACUCCAAUGGAAAUCUCUUCCAAUCCUACAUCAUCUAACAUUUUUAAGCCUGCAGAGGUCUUAAUUAAUUCAACUCAGCCGAUUUUGGAAAUCACUACCAUCCUUCCUUCUAGCAGCAAAUCUUAUCCUAGCCCAGUUACUCUGCCACCUGUUGACUCUCAACAGCCUGUACCCACAAUAUUUGCACCUUCAGAACCACUUACCACUAUUCAGAAACAGAACAUAUCACCCACAGCAUCUUUUCAAGUGUCCUUAUCUGAAGACCUUCAACCUGUGCCACCACAGGUCCCCCAGCAGUUUCUGCGGGAAACCCCAGAGACUCUGUCUCCAGAAGACAAUAGUCCAGAUGGAACAGGAAUGGUGGUAGUGGGCAUAGAGUCUAGGCCCUCUCACUCUCAACAACCACAAGUUCCAACCCUUUUGCCUCAGGAGGAGGUGGCACAGCUGGAAAGGGCAGUAAGAGAGCUGCAAGAACAACAACAACUUAACUCCGUACUAUAUGGUUCAACAACUUCUGCUGAAAGCCUCCAGCAGCAUGUUCAGGAAAACAUGAACAGUUUAAGGCUGGGUGGCAACGAAAACACACUGACCAACCAACAACAGCAACAACAAGAACAGAACAUAUUACAAAACCUGCAGCAACAGCAUCAGAAGGCUCUAGUGAAUCUCCAACAUCAACAGACAGUUCUGGAGAAUCUCCAGCAGCAACAAAAGGUUUUGGAGAAUCUUCAGCAACAAACCCUCGGAAACCUACAACAGCAGCAACCUCAUCAGAACGUUCUGGAAAACUUGCAGCACCAAAAAGUUCUUGAGGACAUUCAGCAACAAAACGCUUUGGUAAAUAUGCAGCACCAGAAGGUAUUUGAUAAUCUACAACAACAUCAGCAGAAUCUAGAACAACUUCAGCAAGAGCAACAACAUCAGGAGGUCUUGGAAAAUCUGCAAACGCAGUUACAGUCUGAACUCCUACAGCCACAGAUUCCAAUGCAGUGCACACCAGCUUUCACUGUUGUGCCACGGGAGCAAAUGUCCGAGCAUCAAAACCCCACACAAAUAGAUGGCACCCUGUCACAGCCACCUGAAAGUUUUCUUCAGAACCCACCCCCACAGCCCCAGCAGCAAGCACUUUUCCAACAGGCAGGAGGACUACUUACUAUUCAAACACCCAGUUUUCAUCAGCAACCUCCUUCCCAGUCCUCACCUCCUCAACAGCUGUUUCAAAGUCACUCACCUUUGACUGAAAACCAGGACCCACAGACAGGACUCUUUGGCACUUCUAAAGCUACACAAGUUCAGUCUGCUUUAUUUCCCAGUACAGUGACAAUGCUGACAGGAACUAAUUUAUCCUCUGAUCAGCAGGCUCCCUCAGCUACCCUGUUUAUUUCUCAGGGUGUCCUGCAUAGCCAAAUAACAACUGACAAUACUCAACAUCAACAGCAGCAACAAAUAGCUUUUCUCACUCCCAUGGAAACAUCGACUUCAGCGACGCAGUCUGUCUCACUCUUUCAGGGACAGACCCAGUUGUCCACUCCAAUGGAACAGCAGUCUCCCCAGUCUCAGACAAUACCAACACCACAGCAAGCCUCCAUUUUUCAGAACUUGUCUGCAAUAUCUCAAAACCAGGGUCAGCAACAGCCACAGGCUAGCUUGCUGUUCUGUGCUACCCCUGUUAAUCCACAAAACCUUCCUCUGCUGUUUAGUACUCAAAACCAGGGUCCAAUCGGUGGUGAAACAAUGCCACAAAAUAUCUUUCAAGACCAGCAGCCCAUGCAAGUAGUCCCAAGCACGACUAAUGUUGCAGCAGACAAUAACACAAACCAAUCUACAGGCUCCCCUUCUCAGUCAACCCAGAACACACAGCUGCUUUUUCCACAAGCCGGUGUGGUAAAUGUGGCCCAGCAAGAUUCUUCAGAGCCUAUGUCUUUCCAAGAUGAGAGCUCUGUUUUGGGUGACUCAUCUGACAGAAUGCCUUCAACCCAGCCAGGACUUUAUCAGGACCAGCAACCCAUGCAGGUUUUUUCAAGUGCUAGUGCCUCUGCUUCUUCCACAAAUCAAGCCUCAGUUAAUAUAUUUUUGCCACAGGCAGCUAUUUCAGCCCUGCAAAGUGGUGUUGGCACCCAAGAAUUACCCCAGUCUGCUACGGCAACAGCCAUUUUUAGUGGGCAGGGUGGAGUGGCAAUUGGAGGACUGCAAAACUCUACUGCCACAUCCAGUCAACAGGCCUCUGAUCCACUCUUUCAGACAACAUUAGGGGGCACUCUCAAUCAAUCUGGGCAGUCAGGACAGCAAGGCUUGUUCCUGUUUGAAAUUGCUACUGAAUGUGGUCAGCUAUUGAGCCCUUCUGCUUCUGCGUUGGGAGAUCAGCUUGUCACCUUGGGUCAUCCUACUUCAGAUCACAGCCAGAGCCAACUGCAGACUGGAGCACAAAUACACACUUUACUGGACCAAUCCAACAACCUCAGCGAGAAGAUUGAUGAACUUCUAGAGCAGUUUCAGGAACAAGAAAAGACGCUUCCCAGAGACUUCUUAGAACAGUAGUGAAAACUAGUGAAAAUAUCAGCUUGGUAAACCUCCUUUGGCUCAGUUUUGAGCUUAUAGACACAAGUGUAACUUGUGCUAUUGAAGGGUGGAUCUACAUUUUCUAAUGCCUUUAAUGUGAGUGUGGUGAAUUAUGUAGGCUACAGGUGGAUGUAUAAUUGUGUUUUAAGGAAUCAAAUAACUGGGUCCAACUCUGCUUUGGCAGGUAAGUCAUGAGUUUUGUAGUCGUUUCAUAUUUUAGUAGUACUGACAAAUUCUAGCAGACUCUUUGCUGUUAUAUUACCUUCAUUUUUCAUAUCAUAAACUGACACAAUGUUCCUGGUGUAACAGUAAACUGAUGCAUUGGCUAUGAAUUUUCAGAUGGUGUGUUUAGCACUUUAUGAAGAUUUUGAAACAAGGCACUUGCUUUUAGCUCACUAACCAUUUGUAUCCAUCUGCUGGCCUGUCUGUGCAUUUUUAUAGUACUUUUUAAAAUAGAAACUUUGUCUAUUUUGUACCUGUUGUAAUUAUAUUUACACUCCAUUUUCAUAAUAGCAUAUUUUACAUGCCAUGUUUUUAAAUUGUUUGCAGUGUUCUCACCUGUUUCAAUCCAUA